AUGGAUCACAACCACACCAUGUGCGUACAAAGACUGUCCUUUGGGCUGGAAGGGAGAGAGAAGCAGACUGAAACAAGAGUCUUCCUGCUGCCUCGAGCUAAAGCAAAACCCCCAUUUGGCCCUAAUGAGUACAGCUUUGCCAGAGCCGCCCACCCGGCAGCCUGGACUAACCUACCAGAAUGUUCCCAGGGGCUGAAAUUGGGGAGAUUGAAAAAAAAGGCCAGGAAGGGAGAAUUCAGAAGUGGUAAAAGGAACCUGGGAAACAGCAAGGGCCAAACUGCAAGGAAGCCUCUUUAUGUUGUCUCCCUCCGACCGCUCAAUCUGAGGUCCUACCAUUUGGGGCCUGUCUGGCCACCAGAAAGGAGUGACGUGGAAACUCUAGAGAAGGCUUUAAGUGCCCCCAAAUCCCAGAGCCUCCAUGCCGCACAGGACGUGGACGCCCCCGACAGAUGCACGAAACAAUACAGGACGGCCCAACAGGGCACAGGUCACCCACCCACGUGGAAGCGAGAAGUCAGUGUCCCAGCACAGCUGCAGCUGCAAGAGGCUUGGAUGUGUGAGGCUCUCAAUGGCCAGAUUCAUCUAGAAGCGCGACAGAAAUCUGUUUCAGGCCUGCGGGAGGAAAUCGUUGCCGUGAAAAUAUGCACUGCAGAAUGAGUGCCUACACACAUGCGUGCACGUGCCCUCCGGAAGUGCAGCCCUUGCAUCUAAUGAGAGU